AUGGCUGCAAGAUCAGGCCUGAUGGCCCCUAUCAACGAGACUGAGCAUACCUUCAGUCGGGUCAGUCGGGAAGGAAAGAGAAUCACAUACAACCUCAAGGUUAUUCAGCAGCCCGAGAGGGCUCGUGCUUGCGGUGCUGGGGCAAAAUCAUCGGCUGACCGUCGUCCUGUCGACCCUCCACCUGUCGUUGAAUUGCGUGUUUUUGAAUCUGAGCUCGACAAUGACAUGAACAAGACCGAUAUUACAUUUGCCUAUAAUGCCAACUUCUUCCUGUUUGCUACGCUGGAAAACGCCCGUCCGAUCGCACAAGGCCGUGUCUCUGGACAACCUCCUACAUGUCCUGUUUUGACAGGCGUGCCCGUAGCAGGCAUUGCAUAUUUGGAUCGUCCGGCUCAAGCAGGAUAUUUCAUCUUCCCGGACUUGUCUGUUCGACAUGAAGGAUUCUACAGACUCAAUUUCAACCUGUAUGAAGAGGUCAAGGAUCCAAAGGAUGCCGACAAGGAUGCGGCUUUGCCUGCUCAACAGCCAGUGACCACCUCAAACAAACCAGGUGCACCCAAGGCGUUCUUGAACUUCAGGCUAGAGGUCAAGUCGACCCCAUUCCAGGUAUACAGUGCAAAGAAGUUCCCGGGAUUGGCGACCAGCACUUCGCUCAGCCGCGUUGUCGCCGAACAAGGCUGUCGUGUACGCAUUCGUCGUGACGUGCGCAUGAGACGUCGCGGUGAGAAGAGCAGCGGUAAGGACUACGGUGAAUACAACGAUGAAUACGGUCGUUCGUCCCGUUACACAACUCCUACACCGGUUGAACGUCCGCGGUCCGCCAGUAACAGCACUGUUGAUGCACCAUAUCCUUACCCGGGUCAGACUCCUCGUCGAGAUUCUACACACGAAUAUCCUGCAUAUACAACACACCACUCAAGACCGCCUCCGCCGCCUGCAACGUCAACUCCAUAUCAGCACCAUGCGCUCCAACAUCCUCCCCCGCCACUACCGCCAGCACCUGCUUCGACAUCGGCAGCGCCUGGAUAUCUGUCUUUUGGUUCUUCGACUUCUUAUCAAACACCUCAAUUGCCAGCUGCGCCUCCCCCACCACCAUCGCAUUCCAUCUACGCUUCUGGCCCUUCAACGCCAACGUCAACAUACUCGUCACAACCUCAAUUACCGCGUUCCCGCCAUCCAUCCAAUGCAUCCGAAUACGAACCAACACCGCACUCUUAUUCCACACGUCCUCACCAUCUCCCCUCAAUCCUCAACCCAGCACCCAUCGAUCCUCCAACAUACGGCGGUCCGUCCUCCGAACCCUACCCGUCUUCCGCAACCACAUCAUCCGCCCAGUCCGUUCCACCGCGUCCACAUACUCCUGCGUCUAAUAUCAUGUUACCACCAAUCAGUUCCCUGGAUCAAUUCGCCGGCGCUGUUCCACCACCUCCACCUUCAGCGUCUGACAUCUCCCAACAAAGAAGACCAUCCUAUUACGCCAUCAAACCCACAAUCGCCAAACGUACCCACGAAGAUUCAUUCGAUAGUCACGAUGGUCACAUGCAUAAAAGCAUCCGUUCCUCAGACAAUGAUUACGCUGGCAUCGGUCAUCAACCCAUAGUUCCAGUGUCCGGAAAACGCGACUCAUUCAUAGAAGCGGAAACAGAUAAUUGGGAACGACCACAAAUGGAAUACAGGCGAGCAGAUGGUAGAAUGUCCAGCAAAACCCAGCUUUCGGUUUAA